CAUGAUAUGGAUGCACCAUACUCUCCUGGAGAGUGGCCGAGCCGGGAUGCAAUUAUGGGAAGGGGACCUACUAGAAGACAAUGUUCGAGGCUAGCACCCCUAAUUUUCUAUCUUGGAAAGCACAUCAUAAAAUGUUUCUAAAAUACAAAUAAAAAUUUCCUUUCAAACAAAUAUUCAAAAGUUUAAAAUUAAAGUGCCAAAAAUCAAAAGGGGUGUGGCCACAGGUUUUGCAAUGAUAAUAAAACUUUGGAUACUCCUCAUACUCCACUUUUUGGAAAAAAUGAAAUUCAUUGAUGUGGCCAUUGUACUUGAUUUUGGCUUCUUGGUCAAGUCCACUUCAACACGAACAUGAAGGAGUGAAUUAAGGCAAUGCAUGGCGAAGAACAUAGUAGUUAUAGGGGAGUAAGACCAUGGAAAGUUGCACCUCGUACGAGUGCCUCCAGAUUCACUCAUAUCUUCCUGAGCAACGAUAUGAGGUUUCCUUAGAUGCUCAAAAUUGGUUGGUGAUGUCUAAGGGAGCCACAAGGAUAAUUGCAAAAUCGUUCGAGAGAAAAGUCGGUCUUAAUGGCUACAGGUGGGCAGCCGUGAGUGAGCGUUACAAAGAGUUUUAUUGGAGAGAGUUCCAUAAAAAUUCAGAAAGGCUUAAAGGACAAGGAAACGCCAAGGUGCAUGAGAGCAUUAUCGCUGGUUGGAAGCAGAUGUGGGAUGAAGAAAAGUACUUGGCUCUCUGUUAAAAAAAGAAGGUGAAUAGGCAUGUAGGGGAUAUAAAUGUUCUGGCACAACCCACACACACUGGGGUCGGUGCUCUUUUAGCGAGUCAAUGGAGAUUCUUAGUCAAAGCGUGGAAGAAGAAGAAGAUUCAACCUUUGUCUCGUAUACUUACACCCACACUAAGAAACAUGACAAAAAGACGUGGGUCAAUGAAAAGGCAGUGAUAGUGGCAGAAAACUACAAUAAUUUGAGAGAAGAAGCUAUUCGUGAGGGGAUUCAAGUGGCGCCAGGAGAACUAUUCUAUGUCGCAGGUGAUGGGCAUGACUUAAAAAAUCGGGUUUUUGGCACUGGUGCAGUUGCAUGUAAAAUACCAAAGAGUACUCAACAAUAGAGCAGACGAGCCAGCACAAGCAACAUCUCCGACAUAUAGAACAAUGAAGUUGUUAACUUGCGCAAGGAAUUGUUGGACUUCAAGGCAACGGUUGAAGAAAGAGACAAGAAAAUAGUGGAGGAACUUUAACGUUUGCGCGGCCAUCAUGGUUAUGGCCGUUUUGAUGAUGAUGGUAGUGGUGCAGUUGAUGCGACGGGUUUUGUAGCGUGAGCCUUACAAAUUACAAUACAUUGGUUUAGUAUGA